AUGGCUGGUCCAUCUAAUGCAAAAGGAUCAACUUACAUUCAAGUAGAUGUUCAUUACGAUGGAAUGUUUUCCCCCAUUCCUCAUCUUAUAUACUACCUGAAUCAAAAAACGUCAAUUACAGAUGUCGAUUUUGGUGGAUUAAAUUUCAAGGAGUUCAUUUAUGUUCUUGAGGAUGUCACAAAGGGGAAGUGUCCUGUUGUCUACUACUGUCUUGGGCAUAAGUCAAUGCGUGAUGGGUUGACACCACUGAAAAACGAUGAUGACUACAGGAGGUUUCUUGAUGCUGCACAUGGUAACGAGGGAAAGAUUAAUGUAUAUAUUGAUCACUACAACGAUUCGGUGCUUGACUGGAUAGAGGAAGAAAAGGAAGAAAAAAGUGUUGAUAGUGAAAGCUCUGAUGAAGAUAAAGACUCGGUCAUGUCUGAUGCUCUAUCUGUUGAUCAUGAACCCGAUGAAGAGGUAAUACCAUUGACUAAAUCUGAUGAUCCCUUUCUUAACUAUAUUAGUGUUGUCCCUAAAGAUGAUUUUGUUGAUGAGGAUGAUGAUUCAGAUAAUGGAACCAAAGAAGCCCCAAUUUAUCCUUUUCAUGACUCAACUCAGAAAUGGGAUACAAUGCAACCCAUCCUUGGUAUGAGGUUUUGUAACCCUCAAGAACUUAAACAGCUUGUCUCAAACUAUGCAGUAGCAAAUGGUUUUAACCUUUGAGGUGAGCUUCUUUCAGCUGUAGGUAGAGACACUAACAACCAUAUUUACCCCAUUGCUUGGGCAGUAGUUGCAAUUGAGAACAAAGAAACUUGGAAGUGGUUUCUAAACUUACUACUUAAGGACAUUAACAUGGGAAAUGGGGCAGGAUUAACCUUACUUUCUGACCAACACAAGGGUCUUAUUGAGGCUGUUAAAGAAAGACUACCAGAUGCUAAGCAUAGGCAAUGUGCUAGGCACGUCUAUGCUAAUUUCAAGAAAAAAUUUAAGAGUGCUGCAUAUAGGAAGCUUUUUUGGAGGGCUACAAAGGCCACAACUGUGCAGAGGUUUGAAGGUAUAAUGAAAGAGAUUAGGGUGAUUGAUAUACAAGCAUAUGAUCACUUGAUGGAAAGAGAUCCAAAAUCCUGGUCUAGGGCUUUUUUUGUAUUGGACAGGUCUUGUGAUGCCAUUGAGAAUGAGGAAAUUAGGAGGUUUGUGAUGGAUAGGAUGUAUUGUAAAAGAUUGAAGGGGCAGAAAUGGAAUCUAGCCAUAUGUCCAUCUAUUAGAAAGAAAAUAGUGGAUAAGAGGAAACAUCUAAGGUAUUGGUAUGUAAUUCCCAGUGGAGUGCAACAAUUUGAGGUGAGGUCAGUACAUGAGGUUUAUGAUGUGUACUUGAACCAAAGAACAUGUGCAUGUAGAGGAUGGCAACUAAGCGGUAUACCAUGUAUACAUGCCAUGGCUGCUAUUAGUUAUCUAAAUGAGAAUGUGGAAGACUAUGUGGCAACUUGGUUCACAACAGAAAUGUUUGGAAAUUGCUAUAAGUAUACAAUUAAUCCUUUAAAUGGAAGUGAAAUGUGGCCAUCUUGGGAAGAUCAACCUAUGUUGCCCCCGAAACGUAAAAGAUUACCUGGUAGACCUAAAGUCAACAGGAAGAAGGCUGCUUCAGAAAAAGAAGGUCGACAUACUAUUAGAAAGAAAGGGGCUAUUACAAAAUGCAGCAUCUGUAGAGAACUAGGACACAACAAAAUAACAUGUCCACUGUCCAAAGAAGUACUAAAGCCAAAAAAGAAGAAGGGUAAACAUGUUCCUGAUGUUGAGGAUGAGUCUGAAUUUGAGAUUGAAGAGAUGGCUAAAGUUGAAGAUGAGUAUGAAUCUGAGUCUGAAUCUGAGAUUGAAGAGCUGGCUGAAGAUGGUGAUGAACCUGAUCAGGGACAAGUUGAUGAACAAGUUGUUGAAGCUGCUGUUGAACCUGCUGUUGAAGCUGUUGUUGAACCUGAUCAGGAACAAGUUCAUGGACCUGUUGUUGAGGAACCUGCUGCACAACCCGUUGUUGAAGUUAAACAAAGAGCACAACCAUUGAAGAGGAAAAGGAAAUACUUAGAGAGGAUCAUUGAAGUGGCAUUAAGGAGGGUGGUCAUCACCAAGGAUGGAUGUGGUUUAAGUGUAAAUAAACCUGUUACACUGGAAUGA